UUUAAGCGUAAAACCGGUCUGUCAAAAGCGUGUUGCUUUUCUAAAACCCCCGGGAAAAGUUAAAUGUUUCCCCUAUAUUAGUCCCUGAAUGGGGAGUAGAGAGAUAAACAAAUACAAUACCGCCUACACACGUGCAGGAAAAAUCGUUUAACCGGCAUUAAAUUUUUCUUGUUGAAAUUUCAUAGAAAACUAAAUUGUAAAAUGACCGAUCCUGUGGGAAAUUCGGGAAAUCUAUCUGACUUAAUCGGAGCUAUAGACCAAGGUACUAGCAGUUCAAGAUUUCUCGUUUUCGCUAGUGAAACAGCCGAAAUUGUUGCAUAUCAUCAAAUCGAAACUAAGCAGUUAUAUCCUCAGGUUGGUUGGGUUGAACAGGAUCCCCUUGAAAUUUUAUCCUCUGUUCAAACAUGUAUAGAGAAAACGGUUGAAAAGCUUAAAAACUUUGAAAUUAAUCCUCUCAACAUUAAAGCUAUAGGUGUAACUAACCAGAGGGACACUACUGUCGUAUGGAAUAAGUUCACCGGUAAACCGUUAUACAAUGCUAUAAUAUGGCUUGAUACUAGAAAUGUGAACACUGGUGAUCAAUUAAGUAAGAAAAGAGGUUCAAAAGCAGUGAUGGAAAAGUGUGGUUUGCCAAUCACAACAUUCUUCAGUGCUAUUAAAUUGAGAUGGUUAAUUGAAAAUGUUCCACAAGUUAAAGAGGCAAUUGAAAAUGAUUCUUGCCUGUUUGGAACAAUUGAUUCCUGGUUAAUAUGGAACUUAACCGGAGGAGUUAAUAGCGGUAUUCAUGUAACAGACGUAACAAAUGCCAGUAGGACGAUGCUCAUGAACAUAAGAACUUUGGAAUGGGAUCCAUGGUUGUGCAAUUUUUUCCAAGUACCCAUUUCUAUAUUGCCGAGUAUUAGGAGUAGCUCUGAAAUUUUAGGUUGCGUUUUGGGUAGUUCAUUAAAUGGAACGCCUAUCUCCGGUUGUUUGGGUGAUCAAAGUGCUGCUCUAGUAGGCCAACUAUGUUUUAAACCUGGCACAGCUAAACAUACAUAUGGUACUGGAUGUUUCUUAUUAUGUAACACUGGAAAAGUUCCUAUAUGGUCCAAGCAUGGACUACUAACUACUGUAGCCUAUAAACUGGGUCCUGAUAAGCCGGUUACUUAUGCCUUAGAAGGUUCUGUUAUUAUAGCGGGUGCUUUAAUUAGAUGGUUGCGAGAUAAUCUAGGUAUAAUACAAGAUUCUGCAUAUAUUGAAAAACUUGCUAGUUCUGUUGAAAGCACACAUGGUGUAUAUUUUGUUCCUGCUUUUUCAGGUCUUUAUGCUCCUUUUUGGAAACCCAGUGCUAGAGGUAUUGUUUGUGGGUUAACGACAUUCUCGACACGUGCUCACAUAGCACGUGCAGCUUUAGAGGCUAUUGCUUUUCAAACAUGUGAAGUAGUUGAUGCUAUGAAAUUAGUUAGUGGUUUUCCUUUAGAGAAUCUAGUAGUAGAUGGCGGAAUGACUAGUAAUUCUCUAUUAAUGCAACUUCAAGCAGAUUUUUUGGGUCUUAAAGUCAUACUACCUUCUAUGCCAGAGACUACAGCUCUUGGUGUAGCUAUGGCAGCUGGAGCAGCUAAAGGUAUUGAAGUAUGGGAUAUAGAUUCUACAGUGUCAAAUGGCGUCACAACUGAAACUUUUUAUCCGAAUAUUUCAUCGGAAGAAAGGAACUCGAAAUAUUCUUCGUGGAAAAAUGCCGUCAAGCGCUCAAUGAGAUGGGAAGAUGAUAAAGUUAUUGAUAAUCCCAUAUUAAAAUCAUUGCCGGGGGGAUUAUUUGUAUUUUCGUCCUUUGUGCUUCUCCUUUUUGCUGAAGCCUAUACCAAAAAAUUUCUUAUUUAGGUAGAUAUAAUUAUUUAUCGUUUUCAAAUAGUGAAACUUGGGUGAAUGCCAGAACUAUAAUUUUGUGAGAAACUGAUAAAAAUUGGGAUGUGUGAUUAAGAUUAUUUUUUACAUUAUGUGAUAAAUUUUUUUUUUCAGUUUCCACAAAUCAAUUAAUUGACUUAUUUAGGAUUUUCAAAUAAUGAACGCAAUGGAAUAAGAUGAGAAGUUUUCUGUAUUUGUACCUGCACCAACAUAGUCUCCAAGUUUUGGUGACUUCAGUGUAGUUUCUCGCUUGAAAAAUAUCAUGCAAGGGGACCAAUUCAAAGUGUGUAACUACUUUGCUGGGCAAAUCACUACACAUAUUUUUAACUUUUGUACGUGCCAAAUAUCUGGUGCCUUGAUGAAAACAGGUACUGAUACAAAAAUAUCCCCAUAAAGUUCAAUGACAGCUCUGUGAUAAUUUUGUGAGAAAUUGAUAAAAAAUUAGGAUGUGUGAUUAAGAUUGUAUUUUACAAUAUGUGAUAGAAUUUAUUUAUUUUUUUUAACGAUUUUCACAAACCAAUUUUCCUAAAGUAUUCAUUUUUAGAAAGGUAAAGCAUUUUUGGUAAAAAAAAAAGAGAAAAUUCUCAGUAUUCUGUAACUCAGCAUCUUCUUGCAAAUUAUUUAAAUAAUCUGAAUCAUUCUUACAUAAAUGGAUUCAAAAGGAAUAUAAUUUGAUUAUAUUACAAUUAUACAAAUGGGUUGAGUUAUUAAAGCUUUUUGUCCUGCUAAUAUAUAAAAGAGAUAGAUAUAUAAAAUUUUCAUGAAGUCCCUAAUUUGUUUCUUUCUUAAAGCUUAUUAAUUAAAAAACAUGUAAAUGUCUCAAGAAAUUAUUGGAGCAAACACAGUAAAAAAAUUGAAAAAAACAGUGCUAACUUGAAGUAUAUUUUAUUCUAAAUAAUAGUUUGCAAAUAUAACGCAAUGAAAACUAUUUUAUAACUUUUGAAAAAAUUUAAUUUAUAAUAGUUAAGCUAGGUAGAUUUGAAAGGAAGUGAUAUUCUUAUGUUAAUAAAAAGCCAUGUUGAUUUGUUUUCUUUAAAUUUAUGUCAUGCUUAAAAUUUUCCAUAAUAAAUAAUUUAAAUACUCGUUUAGAAAAUAAGCUACUUUUAUUAUAUAGUUUUUUAUAAUUUAAAAUGAGCUACAGGCUUAUUUAAGUAGAAUUUCUACAACAAACUAAGAAUAUUCUAAAAAUUAAGAACAUACUUGUAAAACUAAGUAAACAAAAACAGAGUAAGGUUUCAGACAUGUGUUGUCAAAAAAUGAUUAAAACAGUUGAAAGUCUAGAGAAUGGUACUUGAAAAUUCAUAAUGAAUUUGAAGUUUUUAUGAUAAUCUAAACUAUAUUAUCAUAAAGAAAUGUGAUAUUUAAAUAUAUUUUAUUGUAUAAAUAUUAAUGCAUAAUUAACAAUAAUUAAAUUAAACUAGAAAUAAUAAAUUUGAGUCAAUGGGGAAAGAGUUUCUUUUAUAUUCACAUUUAUUUAAUUUAAAAGUUUCAAUGAAUUUUUAAGUAGUCUGAAUGAAAUCUAUAAAUAG